AUGGCUGGCUUCGUUCCUGCUCAACUCUAUGGCGGUGCCAUCACCGUCGAGCUUCCGUCUGUCUUUGGCGACGUCAGCCUUAUUCGUGAGGUGCCCGACACUCAAGAAGUCUGGCUCGACAGAGACGGCUUCACCAGCGUUAUCUUUGACCUGACCGAGCGGGUCGACGAGUCCCAGGCGUCCAGCGACGAAGAAGCCCUGAAGUACCAUUUACAGGACAUGGUCGACGAUAGCAACGACGCAACACACUGCUGGCAGACCAGCGCUGCAGUGCUUGCGCGCAUGCCCAACGUCCCCGCAUAUGCUCUGGUCGCGACUCAACACCCAGCUGCAGGCCCGGGGGGCCGCAAGCCGCAAGCGGAUUUUACGGCACUCCUGCUGGUUCUCAUUCGCCUGGUCGAGCAGAAGACGGACAUUAUCAUCACAGUCAACGUCCCGCACGUGCCCGGAGAAUAUCCCAAGGAAGAGGUCGAUUUUGCCGCAGCGAAGCAGGGCCCGCUUGUGGACGCUGCCGCAACAAUCAAGCAGCGCAUCCUCGAGACGUUUGAAAUCAAGGAUUUCGGUCUUUUUGUCUCUGAAUAG